AUCUCCCCCACAGCGGAAUCAUACAGCCGAGUCGCUUUCCACCGCAGGUCCCCCGGAAUGCAGACUUCCCUUCUUCUUUCUCCUCCGGAUCCGUUUCCUUUCGACUUUCUCAACUGCAGUUGAUAACUUGGAUUACCUGUUGCCACAGUCUCAAAUUUGGGCCCACGGCUACUUGCUCCUGGAUCUGCCGAUGACUGUCUCCUGCCAAGGAUGCCGGAGCCGGGUUCGAAACGACGUCGGAUACCCGAUGAGUUAAGGAAACGCGCCCAGCAGAGUUGUGAUCUGUGUAGGAAGCGACGCUGCAAAUGUGUGCGCGACCAGAAUAGUGAUAUUUGCCAAGCAUGCCACCAAGCCGGUAGUGACUGCACGUGGUCCGCACCACCCAAGACUCGGUUUUCCGGAAAUAUUGAAGAUCUCAGUGACAGGUAUCGCUGCUUAGAGGCUAUAGUCAAGGGUGCCUUUCCCAAGGAGACUAUUGAGACCACAGCGGAUCUGCUCAGUCUAGGAGAGCGACUGCAUUAUGAAAUGCCAGAUCUCUCUUCCGGCCCCACAAAAAGACUGGAAGAAUUAAUCAAAUACUCUCGGGAUGAUGCAAGUCAUCCCAGCUUUACCAAAGAGCCUGAACGAAGUACUGGGGCUGCAAGUGAAGAGCCUGAAACCAGUUUGGUUCAAUCACAAAGGAGGUUGUCUGGAGUAGCGAGGCUGGUUAAGGACACAGCAGGGCACGUACAUUAUAUAGGACCCACUGGAAGCCUCACAUUCUUUGCCGAGCUGCGAGAUCUGGUUGGAACAUAUCAACAAAACUUUCGUCGUACUGCAGAUUCCGCGUCAGAUUUUGCACAAGACAACCUUGCCGAAGCAUUGGAAACAGAGGAGGGACACGAAGACAAGCCUAUCCAACAGCAAGAAACUGGAGAAGACCUUGCAUCUCCAAAACCUGCUGUCUCACCUGCUUCAAACUAUACGACUGGUGCGUCAGGUCUCGACCUAGAUGAGCAAUUGAGACAUCUGCCACCACGAAAUAUUAUGGAGGUUUUGAUAGCCUCCUAUUUUGAUCACUGCCACCAUGAUCUCCCAUUGUUUCACAGAGCCACAUUUCAGGAUCAAUACGAAUAUUUCAUCCUACACGCUCAGCAAUCAAAGUUAAAUGGCCAGUCUGCUACUGUUGAACCUACAUCUGCUGCCCGGCCCGACUAUGGUUGGCUAGCCUGUCUGCAUAUGAUCCUCGUCUUCGGAUCACUUUCCAAGCCAACGUCAUCGAGGAUGUCAAAUUUUGAUUAUCGUACUGCUCGGCGUGUCUCAAUCGCCGCAGCACACUCUUUCCUUCCCAGCCUUAUAACCAAAUGUACAUUGUCAAAUAUCCAGGCAAUCCUUCUGCUUUCCUUCUACUUUCAUAAUAAUAACGACCGCAAUGCUGCAUGGACUCUUGUUGGCACUGCAACUCGCAUGUCCUUUGCUCUGGGCCUCCAUCAGAAUGAACUUGAAACUCAAUUCCGACCCGUGGAGCGGGAAACGAGAAAGCGAAUAUGGUGCAGCUUGUUUACUUUUGAGCAAUUCCUCUGUUCCAGUCUGGGACGGCCGAGUGGGAUCGAUGAUCCUGAUGUUGAAGUCAGAGUGCCAGUUGAAGGGUUGUUGGACGGAGGAACCGGUGCAGGAGAGCAAUUUGCAGAAGCCUCAUUGAAGCUGCAGUAUAUUUUGGCUUCAGCGAGGAGGCUAACGUUCAAGCGACCCAGGAAGGCCGACAGGAAUGGCUCCACAUUUCAAAACGGUCAUUCUGCGUCAGCGCCCACCGUUGAAUGUAUUCUGAAAGGACUUGAAGAUUGGAGAAACAAUCUGCCUUUUCAUCUUCGGUUGCCAAUUAUUGAUUCGACUACAACCAACAGCGCCGUUUUGGAUGCUGAAACGCAACCCUUUGAACUUGUGCGACUUUCUCUGUCAAGGCAAACUCCACGCCAACUCCGUGCCUUAAUUCUGCUACACAUCCAAUACCACUACAUCAUUAUGCUUGUCAGUCGUUCCGCACUUUUAGUCGAGAUAGCCUCAAGCAGCGCUUCAGCCACGGGUAGACAUCGCAUAGAUGUUGAUAAUACCGACACACUGCCUGAUUCUUCUCAAAAUCCCAUUAGCUCUUCUUCAACUUUGGCGUCAAGAAGCGUAUCGGCAGCUGCUCAAAUUGCGUCUCUGACUUUACUUCUGCAAAGCUUUUCACUGCUGAAUGGAACAUCUGGAUUUGAUAUCUUCUAUGCCUACUCAUCUGCCAUGGUACUUCUGCUACGCACUCUAUGGGCGAAACACCACCAUAGGCUAACGGAAGCGGAUGAGGAGUCGGAACGAAAGAAAGCUCUGAGGGCUUUGGAGGCUAAUCUGAGAGAAGCAGUAGAGAAAGCUAACAAGUCCAAGACAAUGGAAAGGUUCGCAGCGGUGAUGAAGAAAUUCGGGGCUGUUGUUUCAAGUAUUAACAGCUCCAGAGAUGUCGCCACCAUCUGUAAUGAUGCGGCUUGUGAAACCUGCCCGAAAAGAAGAAUUGCUUCACAGAGCCAAACUCUAGUGUCGUCAGAUGAGGGUCAAACAUUUCAUGCUAGUACUAUUCCGCAAAACGUAUUGCACGAUCAUGGAACAUCCCUUAACCCAGCCGCGGGCGCGGGUGAGCAGUCUGAUCAGUCACUCCACUCAAGCAGAAAUAACAACGGUAACAAAAGCAACGCAUCGUUCCCAGGCACGUCAAUUUCUGCCAUCGACAACAGCACUGCUUCUUUACCUCUGCAAGGACACCGUAGCGACCCAUCCCUCGAUCCUAUCAUUCCUUCUCCCUCAAACUUAAACUCUCGGUUUUCCUACCAGUUCUCGCCUCCUGGUGUCGGGGUCUCAUCCAGCAAUAGUAUGAUGACAAAUGGUCUUCCGCUUUGGCACGAUGCUCCUCUAGAUGCUCUUACAAACGGGUUUGUCGUUGACUGGACCGAUCUGGAUGCAUUCAUGGGCGGACAGCUGUAGCAACAAUCGUACAAUACAACCGAAGAAAUAGAACAAACGUGUUGACAAGUCCACC